AUUUUUAUUUUAAUGAAUAAAUUUAGACAACAAAAGUAAGGCACUAAUUAGACCAUAGAAAAACAUAAAAACAGGAAAGUUGCACGUGCACAUCCCCAACACCACUCCCCCCCCCCCCCCCCCCCGGCCCCCCCGCCCGCUGUUCUCCGGCGGCGGCUGCCGGAAAAUCAAGAAAUCUUACACACAUUUUAUCCAGUACCAUAAUGGCUAAAAUGGGUGCUGACCCUUUUUCUGUAUGGACUGAAACUAGUUGUUCCUCUUCUCCUUUGACCCUUAGAAGCUCAAAGAAGACAGCAGCUUUCAGAAUUCGAGCUCAUAGUCAGCACAUUGAUGACAAGAAAAACAGGUUCUACAAAGAGCUUGGCACAUUUGCUUUGAAAAAAAAGAUUGAAGAUUUGGUACUGCGUGCUGAAAUGUUGGCACCGACAGCUCUAGAAUUCGAAGAAGCAAGACGCCUUAAGCAGGAAGAAAUUAUUCGUGAAUAUGAUUUGUGGGAUGACGUAGCCAAGUCAAAUGAAGAUCUUGUGCAAUUGGCUGAAAGUGCCAAAGCCAUUGAUGCCCUCAAAGACCUUAGAUACAAGGCCGAAGAAGCUAAGCUGAUCACUGAGCUGGCAGGAAUGGAUUCUAUCAAUUAUGACUUCUUAAAGCAGGCUUAUACGGCUUGUGUCAAUAUGAAUAAGACAUUAGAUAAGUAUGAAAUGUCCAAGCUUCUUAGGGAGCCAUAUGAUAUGGAGGGAGCAUGUGUCACCAUUGAAUCCGGAAGCGAGGGCAUUUACUCAAAGAUUUGGGCAGAACAACUCACAAGAAUGUAUAUCAAAUGGACCGAGAAACAAGGUCAUAAGGCGAGGAUAGUUGAGAAACAAGAUUCAGACAGUGGUGGUAUCAGAUAUGCGAUGAUAGAGUUAGAAUUCAAGUCAGCAUACGGCUAUCUUUCAGGGGAAAGAGGAAUCCAUUGCAUGAGCGGAAGUUCUGCAAAUAAAUUAGAUCUUUCAAAGGACGGAACUGCUGCAAUCGAUGUUAUUCCUCUUUUUCUUGAAUCAUCCCCUGACCUCCAAAUUGAUGAAAAAGAUCUAGAAAUCACAACACCCCCGGAGGAACAGGGCAGGACUUCGCCUUCGCUCAUCAUUCAGCACAUUCCAACAGGAUUGCAAGUCCGUUCAACAGGUGAAAGAAGCCGUUUUGCAAAUAAGCUGAAGGCCCUGAAUCGCUUAAAGGCAAAGCUUCUCAUCGUUAUGAGGGAGCAAGGAGUCUCAAACUUGGCUAGUAUCAGAAGUGGUGAUAUCUCUAGUAGUUGGAACCAAGUGACAAGAAGGUAUGUGUUUCACCCAAACAAACUGGUAGAAGAUAUGAAGACGGGCGUCAAAUUGGCUGACCUUACUGCUGUGUUGAAUGGAAAGAUUGAACCAUUUAUCGGUGCUCAUAUCAACAGUAGACGACAUGAAAUUCCAUGAUACAAGCAGUCACACAACUGCUCCAUUUCGGAAAGCAAGAUGAUGCCACUUUGUAUGACAUGUUCUUGUUAGAAUCAGCUCUUCUUGUUUCCAAAUUUUGUAUUUCCAAGUUGGUUGUACCUUUUCAAGUAGUCGUGCUCUACAAAUCUGUAAAAUUUUGCUCAUCGGAAACAGUCUCUCUACUAUCUCAAGGUAUGAGUAAGGCUGCGUAAACACCACCCUCCCCAGACUUCACUGGUGGGAUUAUACCAAGCAUGUUGUUGUAAGAGUGAUUUAUUUCUGUUUCAAAAAGUUGCAUCAGUCCAGCUCUCAUCAAAAA